AUGCCAACCAAAACCUCGCCUCAUCCCCGCCGUCGUCAGGGCAGUCCUUCCACAACUGCUGCCCUGAUCGACUCUUUUGCGGGCCUGUCUAUCCAAAAAGGAACCACCUUCCACUCUCCAUCCUCCAACAAGUCAGAACUCUUCAACCCACUCGACGCUGUCGCUCGGUCUAUGACAACUCGCUCCGUUACAAGUCCCAAGGCUCUUGAAGAUUUGCUCAUCGGUGCUGGAGAAAGAAGAGCUGCCGACCUCCUUGCCAAGGUCGACCAAGUCAUUGCUGACAACAACUCUGCUGCUGCUCUCGGGAAGCUUCUUUCUGAGCCUGAAGCCUUGCCCCACCCUCGCUGUGUUCUCGACAACUCUGGUCUAGAAGGCAUUACCGAAGAACGUCGUGAUAGUCCCAACAAUGCUUAUGACAGUGGUCUGGGUUCUAGCAUUGCCGAUUCCGACGAAUUCGACACCAAGAAAACCAAGGCUACGACCAAAGGUAUCGUUCACUCAACUCCUAUUGUCGGCGGCUUAGGCAGCGCUGACCAUUGUUUAUUGUCAGGCUCCGCAUUGAAGAGAUCCCCUUCUUCAGCCUCGAGCUCUUACGCCGACGAACACCUCAGCGAGUUCGCCUGCGAGCAGAUCCAUAAGUUCAUCGUCAAGCCCAUCCUCCGUGAACAAUCUCUCAAGGACUUCCACCCUCUUGUCAGAGGUGUCCCUCGACGCAUCGCUUCCCGCCAGAUCACCACCCUUCGCGACCUCGAGAAGACGCUGGUCUUCUUGGCUCCUGUAAGUAUUCGCUGCGGCCUUUCUGCCCGCUCGCUUGCUUAUUUUCGUGCUAUUUCUCAGGACUACUCUCGUACUCCUUCUUCUUAUCUCAACUUCUGCGAAACCUAUAUCGACUGUCUUCACGCUACUGUCGAUAUCGUCCACGAGUCGGACCAUUGCUCACCUUCAGAUCGCCCCUACACCAACAACUACUUCAUCGACCUGGUCGGUCAGAUCCGCAGAUACGCUCAGAUCGUGGCUUCGACCCGCGCAAAGAAAGAACGCGGAGAAGAACUCGACGAAAUGGAUGCUACUCCCAGCGAACGCCUCCAUCUGCGGGGAGGAUGUGGCGAUGUGACUCACAACACGCCUCUCCAACUCGUCCGCCAUAAAGCUGGUCAGGACAUUUCCCUUCUCGAUGGUUCUGUCCUUCCUUCUCGUGCAGACCACUCCGUGUCUUCAUCGAAGCGUCCCGUCAUGGCUGACUCUUUGAAUGAUGACGUGGAGAGGUCCAUGGCACGUCGCAGAAAGGGCGAGCCUAUCAAGACUUACGAUUGUGGCUUUGACGGUUGUGACAAGAUCUUCCGCCGUCCUUGCGACCGCACCAAACACAUGAAGAGCCAUGAGCGUCCCUGGAAGUGCCCUCACACUGACUGCAAGUACCACGAGGAUGGCUGGCCCACCGAGAAAGAGUGCGAGCGCCACGUCAACGACAAACAUGCAGAGUCUCCCAUCAUGUAUGCCUGCUACUGGUCCACAGUAAACAACUGCCCCUACCAGUCCAAGCGUCUUAGCAACUGCAAAUCUCACAUGGAGAAAGCACAUGGCUGGGUAUACAUUCGUUCAAAGACAACUGUCAAGAACGGCAAGACCAAGGUGAAGCCUGAUCAAAAGGAGCCUGUCCAGCAGCCUAUCAAGCUGAUUGGAGGUGUCGCUGCGAGUGCAUCCACCCCAUCGACUUCAUCGGCCUCGGCAUCCACAUCCACAACUCCGUACAUGCAAACAAUGCAGUACCCUCUAGUGAGUGACCUGUCUGGCAACCUGACUUCUCCUCAAGAGCUCUCGGUGCCCUCCAUG